AUGGAGGAUAUUGUGGAGGUAUAUGUAAAGCACUUGAUUGAUGAUGCAGUUGUGGACCCCACCCUUAUUUUAUUAGAAAAUGUUCCUCAUGGGGAUAUGGAGGAAUCUGGUUCAACUUUUAAUAAAGUAAAUGAACAAAGUGGGGUAGGUGAAGACCCUUUUACUACCUUUGAUACUAGAUCUGCUUCUACCCCAACUCCUCCCACCACAACUUCUACUCCUAGAUCUCCUUCCACUACCACAACUCAUUCCACUACAACUGCUGCUCCUAGAUCUCCUUCCACUAAAACUCCACCCACUACAACUGCUGCUCCUAGAUCUCCUUCCACUAUAACUCCUGUCACUGCUGCAAAUCUUAGUAUUGAAGAUGCUGAUGAUCUAGUUUCUGGCCCUGUUGAAUCUGAUUUCUUAGAAGAAGAGGGUUCUGAUUACUCAACUGAAGAUAGUGUUGAGUCUGAAUGUGGAUUGGUGGGAGAUGAUGAUGAGGACUAUGGUAGUGAUGUACAUGAAUAG